GACGGAGUUGGUGCUCGAUAACUGCAGAUCCAGCAACGGCGAAAUCGAAGGGCUGAAUGAUUCAUUCAAAGAACUGGAGUUCCUGAGCAUGGCCAACGUGGAGCUGACAUCACUGGCCAAGCUGCCCACGUUGAGUAAGCUCCGGAAGUUGGAGCUGAGCGACAACGUCAUUUCAGGAGGCCUGGAGGUCCUUGCAGAAAGGUGUCCGAAUCUCACAUAUCUAAACCUAAGUGGCAACAAAAUCAAAGAUCUUGGCACUGUGGAAGCUCUUCAAAACCUGAAGAACUUGAAGAGCCUUGACCUGUUCAACUGUGAGAUCACAAACCUUGAGGACUACAGAGACAGCAUCUUUGAGCUGCUUCAGCAAAUCACGUACCUGGAUGGCUUUGAUCAGGAAGACAACGAGGCCCCGGACUCGGAAGAUGAUGAUGAUGAGGACGGAGAUGAGGAUGAUGACGAUGAAGGGGAGGAUGAAGCUGGUCCUCCAGGAGAAUAUGAAGAGGAAGAUGAUGAAGAUGAUGGAGGCUCUGAUCUGGGGGAAGGUGAAGAGGAGGAGGAAGUUGGUCUUUCGUACCUGAUGAAAGAAGAGAUUCAGGAUGAAGAUGAUGAUGAUGACUACGUGGAAGAAGGAGGCGAGGAGGAGGAGGAAGCAGAGGGUGUGCGAGGGGAGAAGAGGAAACGAGAGCCUGAAGAUGAAGGCGAGGAAGAGGAGGAUUAA